CUCUUUAGUCUUCUGUCCCUACCCGGCGAGCCUUCAGGCUUCGGGCUAGGGCUAGGGGGUUCCAGCCGAGGCUCCGGAGGCUGAGACCUCAGCGUAGUCACCCCAACCUGGGCCCGGGAGCGCACGCGUCUUUGGAGCCGUCCGCAGCGUUUCAACUUCCCCAGGGAGCCAACUUCAGGGUGUGACCCAGAAGACCCUCCCGUGGAGUCUCAGCGAGUGGAACCCAAGGAGCCCCCAGGCGCGCCGGGACCGCGCGUCGGGCCCCACCCUGCCGCGCCUUAAAGGGCCGAAAGGCCAGGGGCGCUCGGCGGCCGCCACGGUCAUGGAGGGCGCGCUUGCGGCCAACUGGAGCGCCGAGGCGAUCAACGGGAGCGCGGCGCCGCCGGGGCCCGGGGGCAACCGCACGGCGGGGCCGCCGCAGCGCAACGAGGCUCUGGCGCGCGUGGAGGUGGCCGUGCUCUGCCUCAUCCUCUUCCUGGCGCUGAGCGGCAACGUGUGCGUGCUGCUGGCGUUGCGCACCACGCGCCACAAGCACUCGCGCCUCUUUUUCUUCAUGAAGCACUUGAGCAUAGCCGACCUGGUGGUGGCCGUGUUCCAGGUGCUGCCGCAGCUGCUGUGGGACAUCACCUUCCGCUUCUACGGGCCCGACCUGCUGUGCCGCCUGGUCAAAUACCUGCAGGUGGUGGGCAUGUUCGCCUCCACCUACCUGCUGCUGCUCAUGUCGCUCGACCGCUGCCUCGCCAUCUGCCAGCCGCUGCGUGCGCUACGCCGCCGCGCCGACCGCCUGGCGGUGCUCGCCACCUGGCUGGGAUGCCUGGUGGUCAGCGCGCCACAGGUGCACAUCUUCUCGCUGCGUGAGGUGGCGGACGGCGUCUUCGACUGCUGGGCGGUCUUCAUCCAGCCCUGGGGGCCCAAAGCUUACGUCACGUGGAUCACGCUCGCCGUCUACAUCGUGCCGGUCAUCGUGCUCGCUGCCUGCUAUGGCCUCAUCAGCUUCAAGAUCUGGCAGAACUUGCGGCUCAAGACGGCAGCGGCAGCCGAGGGGCCCGAGGGCGCGGCGGCGGGCAGCGGGGGGCGCGCGGCUCUGGCACGCGUCAGCAGCGUCAAACUCAUCUCAAAGGCCAAGAUCCGCACAGUUAAGAUGACUUUUAUUAUCGUGUUGGCCUUCAUCGUGUGCUGGACGCCAUUCUUCUUCGUGCAGAUGUGGAGUGUCUGGGACACCGACGCGCCCAAGGAAGCCUCGGCUUUCAUCAUAGCCAUGCUCCUGGCCAGCCUGAACAGCUGCUGCAACCCCUGGAUCUACCUGCUCUUCACCGGCCACCUUUUCCACGAACUGGUGCAGCGCUUCCUCUGCUGCUCCUCCCGCUACCUGAAGGGCACCCGGCCAGGAGAGACGAGCGUCAGCAAAAAAAGCAACUCGUCGACCUUUGUGCUGAGCCGGCACAGCUCCAGCCAGAGGAGCUGCUCGCAGCCAUCCACCGUGUGACCAGCCUGGGUGGGUCGCGACUGCCUCCCUGGGCUCAGAGUGUGCUGACGCGGGCAGUCCACCCCGCGGUGGCCACGUACGGUUGUGAAUAAGGUACCUUUCAGUUCGUAUGACUCCAUUACCUCAGGGUAGCUCGAGAGGGGUGGGGAGGAGGUCUCCAUGAUGGAAGACGAUAGGGUGAUCAGCCAUCAGACCGUCCCUGGGUCUCCCCAGGCUCCCACAAUACUUCUGCCCUGACCCCCACUGCUGCCCCUGGCUGGUGGAUGGGUUGUCUUUUUAUUCCUGGACCUAUAGUUUCACUCCCAUAUCUUUUCAUUCCUUUUUUCUGGGAUCUUGUGAAAGGUGGUAAAUAUAGGAUUGGUGACCAAUUGGGGGAAGAAGCCUAGUGUGCUGAGCUUGGUGUAAAGGGACCUCAGAUGGGGAGGGUGGUGCUAAUGUCCUCCUCACCUCAAGUGCGUUGCCUUUGUGUGGACCGAUCCUAGCAUCCUUGGGUACCAGCUUGUCAGAAGGGGGCCCUAGGAACAGCAGAUUCCCU